UCAAUAAACAAACCGUCAGCUUUGAGAAUGGGCUGCAUGAUUAGCGCGAUGUGACAGAAAUGGCCGAAUUUCGUAAUUUGCUCUCUUUGUCUUACCUGUACAAGGGUACGCCAACUUCAGCUCUGUGGCAGGAAUGCCUGCCUUGCUUUGUGCAACUUAACAAGGUCAGCUUUUGUUCCGGAUCUUCAGAGCGAGAAGACCUCAAACUUCGCUACGACAUGUCGCUGGCGCGCUUCCAGCUCGCAUAUAGUCCUAGAAGGCCAUUGCCACCUUGCGAAGGACCAAAGCUGUUGCCAUUCAAGAGACAUAAGGGUAAUAUCCACUUCCUAAAGCUUCUUAGUUCGUCGCCGCGCUUGGACGGAUCUGAAGGAGCCGAAGGAGGUCACAGCUAUGUCUUCAAGGUUCGCAUAGGUAAGAAGAAGUAUGCACUAAAGGUCGUAAGUAAAUAUGCGCAUAGUUAACCACGGCUUUGUCGUUCAAGCCUAAUAUGGGUCUAGUUCAAGUUCUUCAGUGUCGAGCAAGAACGCUCCUCGGUAUUUCCUACCGAUAAGGUCAAGGCAAGCGAUGAGAUAAUCACCUAUCACUCCGAUCCAUUUUAUGCAGAGUGUAGAGCAUACGGAAAGCUGCAAAUCCAUGAGCAACAGCAGCAA